CUGCAGAACACAAGACAUGGGCAACGCUCAGUCGCCUCCUCACAAAGAUCCUCGCUUUGCUUCCGCCUCCAGAGCUUUCACUCACACUGAGCUUGAAGAUCUCAAGUCCCUGAUCGAGUCCUUGGCUGCUCAAUCCCACAGCGAAGGCCAGUUCGUCUCUCCCUCGAUUUUUCAGAGUUAUUUCGGGCUUCAUGGUCCUCUUGGAGAUAGGAUGUUUGAUUUAGUGACCCAGCAACGCAAAGACCAGAAGCUCACUUUUGAAGACCUGGUGGUUGCCAAAGGGACUUAUGAGAAGGGAACAAGAGAUGAUAUUGAAGAGUUCAUAUAUAAAUUGUUGGACCUAAACGGUGACGGCGUUUUGGGGAGGUCUGAUCUGGAAGGUGUUCUGGUUGCAAUGUUUGAAUAUAUAUUCAAAACAGAAAACUCUGAACCUGGAUCAAAUACAUAUCGUGAAACUGUGAAUGUGUUUCUUAAUGCUGCACGGUUUACAAAGCACGAUGAAGGACAUACUGAGGAAAGUUUGUCUUUUGAAGAUUUCAGAAAUUGGUGCACUCUUCUCCCUUCUGUCAGGAAGUUCCUUGGAAGCUUAUUGAUUCCACCUGAUCAAGGCAGACCAGGUUCUCAAGUUCCUCAAUUAUUGCAAGUGGAGAACAUCAACUCAAAUAUGAUAUUAUUGAAUGAGGUGUAUGCCUGGCAUAUAGGAGGACUCCUUCCUCACCAAGAGCUGGGAGAAUGGAAACUAUUGUACCAUAGUGCUGUUAAUGGUCUGAGCUUCAACACAUUUGUGGGAAACAUAUUAAACGACAAGGGGCCAACUGUAUUCAUUAUCAAGGACAAAGAUGGUUAUGUAUAUGGAGGUUAUGCUUCCCAACCGUGGGAGAGGCAUGGCGAUUUCUAUGGUGACUUGAAGUCCUUUCUUUUCCAAUUGUAUCCGAAGGCAUCUAUUUUCAGGCCUACUGGAGCAAACACUAAUAUACAAUGGUGUGCUGUGAAUUUUGGUUCAGAGAGCAUCCCGAAUGGUAUUGGUUUUGGAGGAAAGGUGAAUCACUUUGGUCUCUUCCUUUCAGCAAACUUUGAUCAGGGGCACACUUUCGAGUGUACCACAUUUGGUUCCCCUUGCCUCUCUAAGACUAGCCUUAUAUGCCCGGAAGUAAUAGAGUGCUGGGGAGUUGUUAGGAAAUCAGCAGAUGAACAAAAACAGGACGGCGCUAAAGGCACUGUACUGGAGAGGUUUAAGGAAGAUCGUCAUAUGCUUAACAUGGUUGGGCUCGCAAAUUCUAGCGAGUAAUAUUUGUACAGAAUCCGCAUAUGGUUGUAAUUUGAAUGUCCACAGGUUUACAAAAAUCUUCCUUCUCCGUGGGGAAUCAGCUUUCUGUGAUCCCAUUGUUCUUUGGAUGGUUUCCUACUAUACAAGUCAUGGCUCUUUAUCAGUCCUUGAACUUACGUUCUUUAUGGGAUCCCAUUGUUCUUUGGAUGGUUUCCAGUUUCCUACUCAACAAGUCAUGGCUCUUCUGAACAAGUGUAAUAUUUAUUAUUCACA